GGGCUGGAGCGGCUGCGUGCGACCCAUCGCUGGGCUUCCGGGGCCGUUUCCAGCGCCGUCCUGAAGUGGUCCGAGCGCGGCGGUAGUUCCGUCGGACCAAGCUGCGUGGUCAGGCUGUAGGGGCUCGUGAGCGCGGGGGGUCCCGGGGAUUCCCUUCUGCGGGGCUUCCGCACUUGAACUCGGCGCGGCAGAAUUAGCUGCCGUCUUGCGCCGAGCGUGGCAAACCCUUCCUUCGCUCCCCCCUCCCCUCCCCCAAAGCCUUGGCGCUGCGGCGGCUGGUGGCGAUUGUCUGGCGCUUGCAUGACGAGGCUGGCCACCUUCUCGGCUCCAAGGCUGGGGAGAAGACGGGGGUGAUGUGUGGCCCGAAAUCUCGAGGCCGCUCCGGUGGCCCGAGUAGCGAACCCUUGCAUAGGUCCGGGUCUGGAGCUGGAAAGGCUGGUGGCGGUUGCGGCGUUAGUAAACGAGGCUCUCGGAGUAUAUCGUCUACCGGAGAGCACAGCAGACGGGCUUCUCUGACCACCAAGAAAUUGUGGACCAUCGCGCGUCGCAUUUGAGGGCGUUGCUUAUCAAUGGCUGAACGGAUGGCCAACGAAGAACCUCCAUGUACAGCAGCAGAGUAUCUCUCAACGGCAGCUGCUGGGAACACACAAUAAGGCGCAGCAUUUAGCUUCUUGCCAUCUUUACAAGCUUACAAGACGUACCUUAGAACACCGUUAAAAUCACUUCAUAUAUAUAUCUAUAUCUGUGUAUAUAUAUAUAAUCUUAGUAUUACCAUUCUGCAAUGGAUAGAUUAUAUAUUAGAUAGCACAGUAUACAAUCUUGUCCCCAGCAAAAGAGGAGUACGUAGCGUAUUUAUCAAAUUACCCAGAUGGAAUAAUGUCACACAAUGCAGACAAAAGCUGAUAAUCGAUGUUGGAUAUCCAUUUUAGAUAUACCAUGGUCAUUAAAACUUUAGACAUAUAUGUCCACUUAUACACGUGCAGGAACUCUAGUAUGUAUAUGAUAAGAGUAGCUUUGCAUACAUGAUGAGACAGGCUUGCAGAAUUGUCCUGUCUGUCCAAACAAGUAGAAAAUCUUGCUAGCAUAGUAGGUGCCACAUUGAGGGCUUCCUUCCAUCUUCCUCAGAGUUUUCCUGUCUGAGAAGAUAUGGAGAAAAUUCAGCUGCUUGAAGGAUGGUGCAUUUACCAUCUGAAAGUUGGUGUAAUGGCUAAGGCAGGUUUCUUCCUAAGCAAGCAUUAGAUUGGGCUGUAAGUUAUUGGCUCAAAUCUUGUUUCUUGCUCAGUACCAAACCAGAUGCAUGCAUUUUUGUUAAACAUGUUCUUGGUGGUUUGGUUAUGAGGUAGAGGAGGGUGGUGUAAUGUUAACUACCCAUCUCCCACUUUAACUUAUUUAAACAUUUUUAAAGCACAUAGGACUGAAAGGUAAAGGAAGAGAGGAUCAUCUUCCUUUCAUGCUCCUUUUAAUACAGCAGCCCUCCUCAGAUAGGGGCUUUCCAGAUGUUUUGGGCUCCUGCUCCCUUCAGUACUAGACUAGCCAGUGGUAAAGAGUGAUAGGAGUUGUGGCUCUACAGCUGUUUUGGCCUUCAACUUGCCCAUACCUUUCUUUAAUGUAAAAUUUUAACCUUUAAUGUUAAAAUUUAACCAAAUAUGGAGCUUUACAGAGCCCUAUGAUUGGUCUAAUGGGACAAUAUAGAGAAACAAUACAUCCUCUGCUGAACUUAAGUCAUACUAACCUUUGGGGUCUUUCUUAAGAUUAUUAGGAUUUGGAAUUAAGACAUCUUACUGAAAUCAUGUGAAAGAAUCAUAUGUGAGAUACUCUACUAUCACAUUAUUUAUAAGUAUGGAUGGCACCAUUUUUGUGGAAUAGAAUUAUAUUUGGUGUGCAAUUAUAUUUGGCUUGCAAUCUUGAACACAGUUACCUGAAAGUACUACUGAAUCCCGUGAGGCUUACUUCUGAGUGGAGGAUUGUGCAUUCAUUAGCUCUGCAUUUCCCCUUUACAUCCUUUCUUACAAGUAAGCCCGACUGAUUUCCAUGGCAUCCUGAGGUAAAUGUGUACAAGACUGCAGAAGAAAAUUGGUAGAUUUUAUUUUCAAAUUGAUUGGUAGUUCAUAUUCAUCACAUUAUUGUAGGCAGAUGGUUCACUAGAUGCUUGAUGUUAGGAUUCUGGGAGUACAAGUUGAUGUCAGAAAGGUACAUGUAAAAUAGAAUGAGGCAGCGGGCCUCAACUGAGUAUAACAAGGGCAGUCAUGUGUGUGCCUUUUGCUUACAAAGUAGGAUGAGGCUCAGCUUUUGACAUCAGAAGGGAUACCUAAGCGAGGAAACUUGAGCUCCCUCUUUCUUAUUUCUUGUAAUCUAUUUGCCAAACUCUCCUGCUUUCUGCCCUCAUUCCAGUUCCAGUACUGGAAGUGAGUAGGGUGUGAGAGAAUUCAGCACAGGACAGUGAGGUGGAAAAGGAAUUGGCUCUCUACAGCCAGCUGCUCUUUUAUUAAAAAAAUAAAAAUCUUGCUUUAUAUGUGAAUGGAGCAGAUGUUUGUGAAUGUUGCAUUUAGUUUUGCCCUUUGUCUCAAUGUCUUUGAUGUGUACUCUGCUUAAAGCAACCAGAAGAAAAAUCAAGCUUAGACUGUUUCUGUUAACUUCUAGUAGCAGAUGUUCCUGUCCUUGGUUGCAGUUGAGAAAAUUGUGCUGACCAUAUCUGUGGAAAGAAGUUAUGUUUUUGGAUACUUGAUUCUUUCAGAAUAUAAUCAUAGGGUAGGAACAAGCCCAGAAAUUGUCAUGGCCACUCUGUAAGCUAGGAUCCUUGAUAUUGUAGUCCUGAGAGCAGAAUGGUGUUGAGUAAAAUGUGAUAGCUGCAGAGAUCAGGACUCAUACUGAAAGUGCUUCCAGAACAAAACUGUUGUGAUUGAUCUGGUUAUCUAUUUCAGUGAUGGGGAAUGUGUGGCCCUCCAGAUGUUAUUGAACUACAACUCCCAUCUACACUUGCCAGUUCUCUUGUAUGUUUAAUGUGUUGGCCUGAAGUAUCCCACAGGCAUUCUGAAUUGAAACAUCUGACCAUCCUUGGUUUUUUGACCCAUCUGAUACUAGAUGAUUCUGAAAGAGCCUGUAACUACAUUAUGGUGCAAAAGAGUCCUCUGCCAUUCUCUUCUUAAGAACUGGAUGGCAGGUUAGGAAUUUCAAACUGGUGGCCUAAGCACCUGCAGACAUCCUAGCUGUGGGCCAAAUGUCUGCAAAAACCCUAUCUACCUGGCUCUUUGUCAACCCAGAGUAACUGUUUUGAAGUUUUUCCAGAGUCCAUGCCCCUCUUUUGGGAAAGCCUACACACUAGUGCUUGUGCCAGAGGAAAACUUGGUGCAAUCUUCUCUGGUGCCUGCAUCCAGCUGUUUCACUUUCCAGAAGAGUUGCUCCUAGCACAGGGAUGGAGAGAAAAAGAUUGUUAGCUUCCUUUCCCAGUGCAAUAUAUCUUCUUUGCUCCAUCCCUGCUCUUGUCUGAGUAGAUUCUACAAGAAUCUCUUGGUUUUUUUCUGCUGACUGUCUAGCAGUUACACAUCCCCAACUCUGAAAUGGAUUCUAGAAGAUUCUUCAUUGUGGAUAGUUUUUUUAUUCAUUGAGUUUGCUAAGUGAAGGUACAUAGCCUUGAGAUUAUCUCAGCCAGGGUAGAGUGUCUGUAUUUCAAUGUCAGUGUAAAAAUAACCCGGCCUUUUGCUUUAGCAGAGACCUGCAGCUGAUUGAAAAAAUGAAGUUUUGUUCUCUUGAACCUAGGUAAGAUGGAGUUAUGGUCUGGCUGAAUGAAUCACACUGGAACUUAUUUGGGAUUUUUGAGGCAUGUUGCAGGUACUGCUACAGAAUGGCUACCAGGAGUAUGGCUGUUCACAAAAUGGCUGCCCUAAUAGGCCUAGUUAGUUACAAAACAGUAGUUUCAUAGAUGGCAACCUGUCAAGUGAGCUGAGUAAGUUGUCCAGAAUCUUAAGUAAAGAGAAGUAAGGUCUGAGCCCAAAACACAAAGCGUUUAAUUUGAACCUGCAGUUCAUUCUUAGAACCCUCCCUGAGACACAAGGUCCCAAGACCCUCCUGUUACCCUUUGAAGUCGGAGUUUUCUAAUCCAACAAAAAAACUCAUUUCAGAAAAGCAAACAUUUUCUCUUUGCCAGCCAGCUCAACCCUACCUCCCCAAGAUGCACAUGGACAGAAACCCAGAGAGAAAAAUAAGAUGGCAAGAGAAUCAGAGACCCACAGAGAGAAAUGAAUAAAAGCUAGCCAAGGGAGUAGGUGAGGAAGAUAGGAGAGAAAAAAAGAAAACGCCAGCUCAGAGAGAGACAGAAUUGACCCUUCAUACUCUCAGUGUUUGCCAGGCCUUAGCUUUCUGUUAUUCAAGAAUGGAUUUUUUGUCAGUUACCUUGGCCCUUCAUCUGCUAUGGUGAGUUUCGUGCCUUCAGUGGUUGACAUCACACAGUUGGCAUAUGAAGUAGCUGGACUCCAACUUGCUCGCCAAAUAAAAGUGCAUUCAAUCAGCCAUGUCACCACUUUGGUAGCAUUUGGAUGUGGUGUGACUUUACCAGAUUAUGUUAGACUGGAACCUGGUCAGAACAUCACCAUUUAUUUGGCAGUAUUGGCAAAAUAAUCAAACCAGAACUGUCUGCUCCUGGAGUUUUAUCUUCCAUUCUGCAAUAAGAACAUUGACUCUUCUUUGGACUGGAAAGCAUGGUUUGAGAAUCACUAACACAGUAGAAGCUGGAAUGCUAAUUCAGGCAUGUAAACAGCCACUCCCUGGUGAUUUUUCUUUCUCAAACUAUGCCAGAGAUGACAGAAAAGGCUCCUCUUAAGAAGCAGCACCGUGGAGAGGCAUCGGAAGAAAAAGAUCAAUGCUGGAAUAAACCGCAUUGGUGAACUAAUUCCAUGUUCCCCAGCAUUGAAACAGAGCAAGAACAUGAUCCUUGAUCAAGCAUAUAAAUAUAUUACAGAAAUAAAGAGGCAAAACGAUGAACUCCUGUUGAAUGGCGGAAACAAUGAACAAGCUGAAGAGAUAAAAAAGCUCCGGAAGCAACUGGAUGAACUCCAAAAAGAAAAUGGGCGCUACAUAUCAUUAUUGAAAGCCAAUGACAUUUGCCUUUAUGAUGAUCCUACCAUCCACUGGAAAGGAAAUCUUAAAAAUGCAAAAGUUUCAGUUGUUAUCCCUAAUGAUCAGGUGCAGAAGAGCAAAGAAAACCUCAAAAAUACAAAUGUUUCUGUCAUCAUCCCUGGUGAUCAGCUGCAGAAGAAUAUCAUUGUAUAUUCCAAUGGCAGUCAGCUUGGUGGAAGUAACCAGGGGGCAUCUGUCCAGGGAAUAACCUUUAAUAUCAGUCCUAAUUUACAGAAGCAGACAGCUAAUGUUGUUCCUGUCCAAAGGACUUGCAAUCUAGUUGCACCUGUGACCAUAUCUGGCAUCUACUCCACAGAAAUCAAGUCAGGAGUUCAGGCUUCUGUUUCUCUAUUGGGCUCAGGCUCACCAAAUUCAGCCCCAAAAAUCCUUGAGCUCCCUACCUCUGAGAAUGAGCAGAGUGCACCUGCCUCUAGUAGUGCUGCCAGCUCGGUGAAUGCCUUGCAGCUGGUGAGCGUACAGCCUGAAAUACCGAGUUCACCACAAGACGCAGGUGACACCUCCAAACAUGAAAGUGGACCAGAGCAUUUAAAGUCAAUUGAGAAAGCAGUUAUGCCUACUCCUGACCUUCCUUCCAGUGCUGCUGUGGAUGUAUCUCAUUCUCAGCUGGCAGAUGCACCUCCUAAAAGUGAUCCAAGAAGUGGGUUCCUUGAAAGCUGUGUGGUUUCUGCAGCUGCUACCAGCGUUACUCCAUCUGUAAGGCUCUCCAUUGAUGGAAGGCCAUCCACAGGAAAGGUAUUCAAAAGUAUGCAUGUGAUAAGCAGCAGUGGAGGACCAGCAUCUUCUGCAACAGAAGGCCUGAAGGCUGUCACAGAAAUUUACACUUUGCCUGCUACUACUUUAGAUAAGUGGCCUUUCCCCAGUUCUUCAGGUGUUGGCACUUCAGGGUCAAAGAGUGUGGGUGGCCUGACACGAAUUUCCACGGCUGGAAACACGCAGACUACUUGGACUACGUUGCAGCUAGCAGGAAAUACUGUGCAGCCUGUGAGCCAUGCUCCAUCCACCGUGAUGAUGACUCCCCUGCUGAAUGAGCCAGUUAACGGUACUAGCAGUGUAACCACCACCCCAAGCAAGGUUUUGUCAACUACUGCCAGUUUAACUAGUCCUCUGGUUGCAGAUGACCAUACAGCUGAGCAGAUUGUGGUUACUUUGCCUUCCUAUCCCUCUGUACCUAUGCAGCCGCUGGUUGCUAAGACGCAGGUUAUAGCGCAGCCUGCAGGUGGCCUCCUCCCACUGAAUCCAGCCAUGCAGGUGAUUCACAUGUCCCAGCCUGUAGGGUCACCUGUUGGUGCAUCUCCUGCCAAUCAAAAUGUUGUCAUUCUCCACCCUCCUAAUGCUAAUCCCUGUCCACCAGUUUUGAGAGCUGAAAUCCCCAACCAAAAUGUUAGCCAACAAAUUGUAAUUAUACAGACUGCUAACGCAACCCCCCUCUCCCUUUUCUCGGCCCAGCCUCCUGUCAGAAUGUCUGUGAAUGGAGCCUCUUCUGCAGCAAGUGCUAGCAAUCCUAUGCAAAACCCCUCUGCCCCUCAUAUGUUUGGUGGGAAGCAUCUCGUCCAUAUUUUACCAAGGCCAUCCUCUUCACCAUCUUCUAGCUUGACUCAAACGUUUUCUGUUACAAUGUCUAACCAACAGCUCCCGCAGACUGUUUCUUUAAAUGGACAGCUGUUUGCAUUGAAGCCUGUAAAGUCGUGUUCUGGAGGUUCAGAUCAAACCCCUAUGCAAAUUAUUCAGCCUACCACCAGUGAAGACCCAAAUACCAAUGUUGCCCUCAACACGUUUGGUGCUCUAGCUAGCCUUAAUCAAAGCAUAUCACAGAUGGCUGGACAAAGCUGCCUGCCAGUGUGUGUCAGUCAGCCUGCCAACCCAACAUCUGCCAGCAGCCAAACCAUGUCGAGUCAUCGUGUCCUGCUGGCAGUUACAGUGGCAUCAUCGUCAGCUGCAGAGGGCUCUGGGUUAACCAGUGUUGCACAUUCAGGAGAUGCUUCAUCACAAAAAGCUGCUCUUGGUUCAGGCUCAAAAUGGUCUAAUAAAAACCCCAGUAAUAAAAAAUGUUUAGUGGCCAGCAGUGACCUUGCAUGCCAAAUGAAUUCCAAGAAACCUGAAAAUGUGAAUGUGGAAACUGUACCUGAGCAUUCAGGAAGAGACAUCUUGCUUGAAAAUGUGCCUGUUAAUGUUGUGUUGCAACCCUUAGCCAUCCCACAAGCAAACCAUCGAGGAGCAGCUAAUGAUGUAACAGCUUCUGAUUCUCAUCCUGAAGAGAGACUAAGAGCUGAACAGGAUACAGAAUCCACUGUUUCAUCAGAGCAGAAUGCAGCUGUUCUUCCUAGGUUAUUGCCCCUUGAAUCAUCCUUGCCAGGACAGCUUGGAGUAAUUGCUCCAGUUUCCACAGACUGUGCUUCUCCUUCUCUUCAAAUGUGUAAACCUCAAACUGAUUCAGCAACUAACUUGAAGCUACCAGAAUCAUCCAAAUGUAUUGUCACCAGCUCUUUAACAUCCUCCUCUUCUGAUUCCCACUUGAUAAAUUCUCAAAUUUCUGGGACAGUGAUGACAAGCAAAGAGACACAUGCUGAGAAUGUUCCCAGGACAGAGGUCUCUGAGAUCUGCAGGGUGGAACCAAAUUGUUCUAUGGUAAUGCAAGCCACAGAUUUAUUAGAAGAACAAGGACUAACGAAGAUGCUCUCUGACUUCAGUAAAGUGGGGGAAGUGGAAGAAAAAGACUUUACUGCCCAAGGAGAGCACCCUAAUUUUCACACUCAAAGCACUAAAUCAACUAUGGACUCAAAUGAUGACUUGGCAGGGAAGCAGGAAGGGCUCUUGUUGAUGAACUCUGAAGAGGGAAAUCUCUCACAGCCUCAUCCCUGCACCUCUGAGCAAGAGGCAGUCACUGCUAGCAGACAAGCGGACUCCCCUAUGUCGACAAGCUCGGGCAGCAGUUGUGGCUUCUCAGUUGCAUCCAUGUUGCCAGAUACAUGCAGGGAAAAUGCUCCCAACAGCACUUUGGGGAAUACAUGUAAUAGCUGCACAUUUUCAGAGCAAACUGAUAUUGUAGCACUAGCAGCAAGAGCAAUUUUUGACCAAGAAACUCUUGCAAAGGGUCCAGUGGCAGUGUCUGAAAUGGCUGUUUCCAAAGCUGAUGAAGUGGCAUCUCUAGGAAGGGACCAACCUUUCAAGUCUCACACAGUUAAAAAUGCAGACCAGAUAGAAGCAGCAUCAAACAAUUUUAGCACCCAGGGUACUGUGCAAAUAAACAUUGACAGGCCAACAGAAAAACAAAGCUGUUCUGUUAGAGUGGAAAUGUCCAAUACAACUUUGCAAAUUCCAGUUCCUCAGUCUUCAAGUACAUCAAGCUUGAGUAUCAAUAAUCUCAUUCAUCAAAGCUGCAUCAUUCACCCUGCUGUAAGCUGCUCCGGGUUACCCUCUCCUUCAGGCCAAGCAGCUGCUCCUGUGACUGUGACUCAGCCCACGCCAGCCAAUUCCUAUAUGACUCAGUCUCCUGGACAUUCUCCAGUGCUAAUGACUGACUAUGCUCCAGAGCAGCUGUCUGCUCUUCGGACCACCACCAUGCAGGUUUCACAAAUGCACGAGCCGCACUUGAAGCACCAAACCCAAGAAAGCCGCAAAGAUUCAGUUAAGCGUUCCGUUCAAGAUGAUCACCUGCUCUCCACAUCAAAGAGACAGAAACAGUGCCAGGCAGCACCUUUGCAGCUUGAAGACAUGGCUUUGCUGAGCCAAACAGCCAGUGAUAUUGCAGAUCACAAUCGAAUCCUGGUCAGUCAGAUCCCCCCCAACUCGUCUAAGCUUGCUGUGUCAGUGAGCAGUCAAGCACACACUGAAGGCCAUAGCAGAUUAUUUCCAGCCAGCAAUUUUGUUUCACCUGCUCUGAGGCAGUCUGAAGUUCAGUGUAACCCUCAGCCUUCUGUCUCAGAACAGGCAGGACAACACCUGCAGCCUAUUCAGCAUGCCCCUUCCCAAGGAAUGGCUCAUCUGCAUAGUAAUCACCCCUACCUAAAGCAGCAGCAACAGCAGACUGGGCAAUUGAGAGAAAGACAUCAGUUGUAUCAACUCCAGCACCACGCAUCUCACGCAGAAGGGUCUAUCCACUCUCAAGCUCACAUUGUUCACCAGCAACGAAUAAUGCACCAAGAAGCGCACAUGCAAAAGAAAAGAACACUGAUCCAAGCAGCCCAGCCUGCCACACUUGCUUUACAGCAGAAGCAUCAUGGAAAUGACCAGUCACGGUCGAAGAGCAGCCAGCCUCACCCCCACCACCCACAAAUACAACAGAUGCAGCAGCACUAUACACCUUCCCAGUCUGAGAAGAGCUGCGAGAACUCUGGAGCAAGCAGAACUCACCAUAACCAUCCUCAGAGCCUCAUAAGUCAGGACAUUCUCCAUCAGCCACCACCAGAUGUGGGCAACAGACAGCCAGGUUCUGGAGUUCCCUCUGAACAUGUGCCAGGACAUAGUCAAAUGCAGAGACUUAUGACUUCAAGAGCUUUGGAGCAGCAAAUAGUGUCUCAGCCUAGUAUUGUCACCAGGCCAUCAGAUAUGACUUGUGUCCCCCACAGACAAGAAAGAAAUAGAGUUAGUAGUUACUCUGCAGAGGCACUUAUUGGGAAAUCCCCUUCUAAUUCAGAGCAGAGGCUAGGAAUAUCAGGUCAGAGCUUGAGGACUUCAGACCAUCUUGAAAUGAGGACUUAUCUUGAUGUAUCAAGAAAUAAAGGAUUAGUAAUCCAUAACAUUCAGGGUCGCAUAUCUGGAGACCAUACAGAUGUUCAAAGACUCUCUGAAUGCCAAACAUUCAAGGCAAAUGGCUCUAACCAGCAGCCUACAGGCAAUUUUGAUGCACAGUCUUCAAGAAACAAUGAAAUAGGUAAUUCAAUGCCAUCUCUCAGGGGUAUGCAGACGCAGGCUUUUCGAAUUGCUCAAAAUGCUGGGCCACCUAUAGACAGACAGAAAAGGUUGUCCUAUCAAUCAAUUCAGGGCAUUUCAGCAGGAAAUCCUCUUCCUCCUCCAAGGGACAAUGAAAACACAUGUCAUCCAGGCUUCAUGCAGAGCCUACUUGUCCCUCACCUUGGAGAUCAAGCCAGUGGAAGCCAAAGAUCGAUUCCAGAACAUCAGAGAAACCCACAGUGUAUUUCCUCUUCCAACAUUGAAUAUAAUUGCCCCCCAGCAAGAGAGAGCAUUCACAUUCGAAGAGAAGGUGAUGGUCAGAAUAGGGAAAGUUGUGAUAUGUCCCUUGGUACUAUUAAUAGUAGGAAUAAUUCAUUAACUAUUCCUUUUUCAAGUUCUUCUGGAGAUAUUCAGGGUCGCAACUCAAGCCCUAACAUUUCUGUUCAGAAAUCCAAUCCCAUGAGAAUGACAGAGAGUCAUGGAACAAAGGGUCACAUGAAUACUCCAGUUUCUAGCAAUGUACAUGGGGCUGUCCGGCCUCCUCUCCACCACCCACCUGUCUCUCGUGGAAAUGCUGACCAAGUACCACCAUCUGUUCGUCAGCCAAACUCGUCAACUACUCAGCGAUCAAGGCAUCCUCUACAGGAUAACAGUAGUUCUAAAAUUCGACAGCCUGAAAGGAAUCGUUCUGGAAAUCAAAGGCACGGGAAUGUCUUUGAUCCUAGUCUCCCUCACCUCCCUUUGGCUGCCAGUGGUACUAUGAUCCUUGGACGGCAACAACCUACCCUGGAAAAACGGGGCAGUAUUGUGCGAUUCAUGCCUGAGGCACCACAAGUAUCUAAUGAUAGUACAGCUCCUGACCAGCAUGGUUUAUCUCAGAACUUUGGAUUCUCUUUCAUUCCAGAAGGUGGAAUGAAUCCCCCAAUAAAUGCCAAUGCAUCGUUCAUUCCACCAGUGACUCAGUCUAGUGCUACUCGAACACCAGCCCUUAUUCCAGUCGAUCCUCAGAAUACAUUGCCAUCAUUUUAUCCGCCAUACUCUCCUGCCCAUCCCACCCUGUCCAAUGACAUUUCAAUUCCUUAUUUUCCAAAUCAAAUGUUUCCUAAUUCAAGCACAGAGAAGCCCAGUGGUGGAGGUCUAAACAAUCGGUUUGGCUCGAUUUUGUCACCUCCCAGACCAGUUGGCUUUGCUCAGCCAAGUUUCCCCCUUUUGACGGACAUGCCCCCAAUGCACAUGGCCAAUUCGUCGCACUUGUCCAAUUUUAAUUUGACUUCUUUGUUCCCAGAAAUAGCUACAGCUCUUCCUUCAGAUGGUUCAGCAAUCUCACCUCUACUCUCAAUCGCAAACACAUCUGUUUCUGACUCUUCGAAGCAAUCUUCAAAUCGACCUGCUCAUAACAUAAGCCAUAUUCUAGGUCAUGAUUGUAGUUCAGCUGUGUGAAAAGUGGUUCUCUGGGAGUCAGAAUACUGGGUUGUUUUGUGUGUGCAUAAAUGUAAUGCAUUCUUUGUAUACGUAUGCAUACAUACAUGCUUGCAUUUGGUGUUGCCAUUGUUAAAGAGACCACUCAUAGCACCUGUGUCUGUGAGAGCCAUGUAUACAUGCAGCAGCUGUUUGUUUCUACAUACCGUUGUUUUGAAUUUCAGUAUCAGUGCCUCAGUGCUUACUAGUGAGCAUAACAACUUACUCUGUUUUAACAACUUGUAACAAUCUCGUCGCUACCAUCUGUAGUGCCAAGAUCAACCCUGUGCAAAACCCUACCAGGAAAACACCCUUUCAGAGGUGUAGCUCUAAUACUUGGAAAAAACUUGCUUUUGUCCUGGUAUACAUCUGUAAGAGCCUCAGAACCACCUCAUUUGGAACAACUGUUUGAAUCUUUUCAUGCUAUAUUGUCUUGAUUACUUGUUAUCUUAACAUUUAUCAUAGUCAUCCAUUAUGGCUAUGUGGUAAAUUCUGUUGUGCAUGAACAAAGUUUAUUGCCAUUUGGCUUCUGAGGAGCCGUAUGAAAAUUACAAAAUAGAAAAGAUGACUCUUAAAAAAAAAAGCUAUUUUAAUGCCUUCCAGAGGCAUCAGUUUCUACUAGCAUUUAGCAUAUUUGAAAAAUUGCUUAGUGGCUCCCCUCUCCCAUCAGAUGUGACAUUGAUUCUUCUUGUUUCUGGCUUUCUCUUUGAGCUUUCUUGUGUUGUGUUGGGUACUUGUGUUGUUUCCUUCUUAAAGGAGAGAAUCCCCCUUCCUUUUUAAAUCUUUGUAUUUUUCUUUACUUUUCUCUCAGAUAAAGAUCGUCUUCUAACAUGAAACCUAAUAAUACAAACAUUAUGGCCUAGGGCAGCUUUCUUCAAUCUGCCCCCCCCCCCAAUAGUUUGGCUUUCAACAGCCAUCAGCCCCAGGCACUAUGGCCAGUGGUGAAGAAUUCUGGGAAGUUUUCUUCAAAUAUCUGGAAGGUUGGGAACACUGCACUAGGAUUUUGGUUGAAACUAUAUAGGCAAGCACAGUAUGAAUAUCAAGUGCUAAUUUAAAUAUGUUAUUUUGCACUUAGAUAGCACUUUUGUUCAGAUAAGAGGCUCUUUGCUAGGAGUGGAAAGAGGAGCAUGUGAAGUUUAAGCACUUUGCCGAUUGGAUGGACUUGGUAAGCUGAAUGGAGAUUAAGAAUGCCAACUGGAUGUGGUUGAUUUAAAACAUCAACCAGAAACGUUAUCUGUUAAGUAUGCCAAGAAACCAUGUUUAAAACAGGUGGCAAUAUUAUUUCAGUUCACUGAGCUGCUGGUAGCCAGACUUCCAUGGUGGUAGGCAGACCUUGACCUAGGCCAACACUGCUUUUGGGGUGGUGGUUUUUUGUUUUUUUGCUAAGUUCUUUGCUUUUGACAUUCCUUAAAUUCCACAAAAAUGGCUCAAGUUUUUAUCUACAAACUGGCAUUUCUUAUCAGGUGCAUGGAAUGGUCUUCAUGGUGAGAUCUCAUACAGAGGAAUCAAAGGCAUAAAGAUUAAUCAGUGCUUAGGGAAUGUGGUGCUGUUGCAGCAUGCCUCUGUUUUGGAGGGCUGCUGCAGUGACGCCAUGGCCUCCUGUUCCAGAACCACCUUUCUUGGGGGAAUGGUGAUCUUGUAUGAGUAAUCUGAAGUGGCUAGCCUAGUCAGCCUUCUUUAGCUCAGCUCUCUGAAUAGCUGUAUAUCUCAAAAGGUUCUGUUGGCCAAACUGGAUGUAGGAAGUGCUUUCCAAGUGGUUGGUUCUCUGCUUCCCCCACCCAGUAUAACUGUCUCCCCCAGGAAAAGGCCCUGGCUUCGCUUAGCAGUAAAGCUGAAAUAAUACAUAGCAUAGACAUGAAACCAGAAACCAAAGGCACAAUCUCAGCUGGCCAAUCAAAUUGCUAAAUGCAGCUCACUUUUCCCUAUGUUACGCAACAUAUUAUGUUGCUCUAUAUUUUAUUACUCUAGUUGAGGGGAACAUAAUUGUGUUGUCCCAGUGAAAACUGAAAGUGGCUAUGUGACAGCUGUUACACCAAUACUUGUAAAAGUACUUGAAAAGUUUACCCACAGUGGAUUGGAUUCAGAGAAACACCAGCAGGAAGCAGCAGGUAUGUGACUUUCCAUCUGUUCCUUCACCUGGCAGUCCCUGAGCCCUCCAGAAAGUUUUGAGGGUGGGAUGGGCUGCAGAAAUUGGGGAGUGGCAAUCUUUGCUUCUCCCCUAAGAUGUUCAUGUCACAGCCUGCUCCUAAGAACAGGCAUUUCAGGGUUGUCAGAAAAGGGCAGGGAAAUUAGCUUUAUAAAGUGUCUCUGGAUCCAACCCAUUGGCUAGAUUAGUCUCUGCAGAAGCCUGAACAUCCUUGCUCAUUUUUUAAAAAAAACUUUGCCUUUUGACAUGUACAGGCUUCUCUCUGAAUGUUACUUUUUAGGUAUCUUGAUAUCAUCUGGACUUACAAACUAAGAAAAUCAACAUUUUCAUGUUACAGAAAUUAGAAUGCCUUGGCUGUAAAAUAGGAUUGUCAUAGUUGCUGAUAAUACAGCUUACAGUUUAUCUUUUUCUUCUUUCCUACUGAUUGCUUAUAGUAUUAUUUGCCAGUUCCUAGGAUGGAGAAAGUGUAUUGCAUUAUUUGCAUUAUGAGAAUUGAAACUAAAGAAUCAAAUAGUGGGUAGCAAGUUGCAAGAUUCAAAGUGGAAGUGAUUUGACUUCCAUCUCCUGGCUUGCGAUCUCAGUCUAAUUUUAUGAACUGAUCAAGCUGUUAUAAGUUAUGUGAUCUUAGCACACUUUCUCCUAAGAAUGCUUUCAGUCACAUAAGGAAGGUAUAGAAAACACUCGAUUCACAGGAUUCCAGUUUUUGGAUACAUGUAAAAUUCAACUGUAUUCAUCAGUAGCAUAUAUAGGUGAAACAGUAGCUGAGUUGUCUGUAAAUAGAGAUGUUUCAAAGCUGUUUGGGACUGUGUAUAUCCCAUCUUUUGUGUCUGUUGGGGACAAGCAGUCAGGCCUCAGUUUUCUGGUGGGAGCAGAGAAGCAAACCUCAGUGCCACAGAACAUGAUUGGCCGCAGUUUCCUUUAGCUCCUUAAUGUGCAGCUGUGCCCACUUCCGUUUGGAGGGUUCCCUUCAGCAUGUGAGAGAGGGAGCUGUUUCCUGACCCUUCUCUUUGCCUUGAUUUGUGCCACAUUUUUCACUGCAUCCUGGAAACCUCAAACCACUAUGUAGGGUCUCCCCAUAUUCGUUCAGACUUUAGUACAGAAAUGUGGAAUGACACUGAUCAGGAACAUGGAUUAUUAUUGUAAAUAAGAUUUUCUGUGAAUUUUGACAUCUUUUUACAAAAUUCAUUGCAUUCAUAUGUAAAUAUUUGCAACAGUGAUUUUGAUGAAAGUUCUCAAAUUUUUUAUUGUGUAACAUUUUAUUUACUGUAAACAUUGUAUAGAUACAAACAAAAUAGUAUUUUAUUUUAAAAAUGCA